AUGGCGAUGUCAAUGACAACGGCAGUGAUGCUAGGUUGUAGCGGCAGUGAUAGAUGGAGCAUGGCGUCGCUCAUGUCUGCUCUACCCUCCGCUUCGGUGACGAACAAAAUGUUCUCAAGGACUCAGCCUUCCGUUCGACUUACACAACAGCGAGACCAACGACUCGGUCUUACAAUUUCCCUCCAUCCCAACUCGCCGUUUAUCUCCUCUUACAAUGGCCUCGCUCCCGUCAACCCUCUCCUCUCCAUUGGAUCCUUCGACAACAAUAGUUUUGAGCAUAAUUUCACCAUCAUUGGUAAUGGUGGUCGAAUUUUUGCCAUGAGACAUGGCAGGCGAGUUCCCAAGCUUAAUCGGCCUCCCGAUCAACGAAGAGCACUUCUGCGAGGCCUUACAACCCAGCUCCUUAAACAUGGUAGGAUAAUAACCACUAGAGCAAGGGCAAGUGCCAUGAGAAAGUAUGUUGACAAAAUGAUAACAUUGGCCAAGGACGGGUCACUUCACAAGAGGAGACAGGCCCUAGGUUUCAUCUAUGAAAAGCAGAUUGUCCAUGCAUUAUUUGCGGAGGUCCCAGAUAGGUAUGGAGAAAGAAAUGGUGGGUAUACAAGAAUCAUUAGGACACUGCCAAGGAGAGGAGAUAACGCACCCAUGGCAUACAUUGAGCUUGUGUAGAAAUUUUUUUUUUUUGCCAGUUGAUGCAUUCUUUUCAAUGUAUGCAUUUGUUUUGUACUUGCAUAUUCGUUUUCUUUUGGGAUAGAAAGAUGCACAUGAAAAUGAGGUGUGUUGAAUUUCUUGUGGUUUCAUGUAGCCGACCCCAAAAUGUUUGGGAAUGAGGCUUUAGUGAUGACGACGAAUUGAUAACUUGAAUUAUGAUAAAUGCUUUUGAAGCCAAAUGUGAUAUGAUACCAUUCCACAUUCCAUUUUA